CCCAGGGCUGGCCCCGCCAUGGCCCCAAAGUCACCCCGCCCGGCUCUCCUGCCCCUGCUCUGCCUGGCAGCCACCUGCCUGGCACUCUCGACAGCCAACGUCCAGUAUGAUAAAUUCCUGAAGAGGCAUCUCGACUUCCCGAAGUCAUGGGCUGAGAACAACCAGCUGUACUGCACCACCAUGAUGGGGAAGCGUAGCAUCCGCUGCCAGGGCAAGAACACCUUCGUCCACGCCAGCGAGGCCCAGCUGAAAGCCGUCUGCAGCUCGGGGAUAAGCUCUGGGCAAGAUGUCCGCGACAGCCUGGGCACCUUCCAGCUGACCGUCUGCACCCGCCUGCCCAAGGGCCCGUGCCUCUACCAGGGCAGCUCCACCAUGGCCCGUAUCCGCUUGGUCUGCCGCAACGGGUCUCCCGUCCAGUACUUGAGGCGUAUCUAGUGCCACCCUGCCCAGGCACUGAACUAUUUUAAGUGUGGAUUUCCACACAUCCACACAUUCCAGAGUAGGCACAUUGAAAUCAGGUGCUAUUGGGCUGUUAGGAAUACAAUCCUGUUCUGAUAAUGCCCAUCGCCUCCAGAGAAAGAUGGUUAAAGAAAACUUAGUUUGAUAGCAUCCUGUCUGGCAAGAAAUCACUUCUCAAUAGUUUUCAGAGUAGCAGCCGUGUUAGUCUGUAUUCACAAAUACAAUAGUUUUUAUCUUUAUGGACCCCACUUUUCUAUUGUAAAUCUGUCUGGUUCUCUAAUUGUU